GAGAGUCUGAGAAACUAUAAACUGUGUGGAGAAGCACAAACGGACACUACCAACCUGCAAAGGUGAUUCCUACAGCUAAAAGAAAGAAAUAUUUUUAGAGCAAAACAAGCUUUUCAUGUUACAGGAGCUGAAGCAAAAUGUCUUUCAGUAUGUUCAGACUGUGUGGAUUUCAAAUUCUGCUUGUCAUUCACUUGGCUAUGUGCCAGAAUUUUGGGAACCUGCAUCUAACUGGACCUCUGAAGGACAUGAAUUUCUCUGUUCCAGAAGGAUCUGGAGUGCGCCUCAUAUACCAGUUCACAGCUGAGCCACCUGCUGUGAGUUUCAGAGCGACUGGUGAAAAAGACGGACUACUCGACAUCGUGCCGAAGACGGGAGUCCUGUACCUCAAUGGGUCUCUAGACUGGGAGACCAAAACAAAGUACAGCCUGCAGGUGGAAAGCCUGGAUGAAGAGGGACAGAGAGUGAAGGGUCCAUACACUAUUAUAGUAUUUGUUGAGGAUAUCAAUGACAACCCACCAGAAUUUGAUCAGCUGAAGUACACUGGAGUAGUUAGGCAGAACUCCCGUCCAGGCAAGCCCUUCAUGUAUGUCCAUGCCACUGACCGUGAUGAUCCUUCAACUCCCCAUGCACAACUGACUUACAGCAUUCUCCACCAUUUUCCCAACCCUUAUUCGCAAAUGCUUUUCCAGAUCAAUAAUGUAACUGGAGCAAUCUCGCCAAGUAUGACAGGCUCUUAUUACUUAGAUCCCCAAAAGCAGGACACCUUCACCCUUGUGGUCACUGUGAAGGACAUGGCAGGGCUGACAAUGAAUGCUUUCACCAGUAGUGCUGAUGUGAUCAUCACCGUGAAGGAGAGUCUGUGGAAGGCACCCCCCACCAUCCACAUCCAAGAGAACUCCACCCGGGACCACCCUGUCAACAUCAGCCAGGUGCACUCAAAUGAACCGGAUGCAAUUUAUGAGCUUUUUGUAAAAGAACAGCUUCCCAGGCUCCCAUUUUCUGUCAAUCAGAAUGGAGUUAUUUAUGUGACUGAGCCACUGGACAGGGAAAAAAAGGAUACUUAUUUGUUCUUUGUGAUCGCGAAAGACAAAGAGGGAGAACUAGUGGACAAGCCUCUGCAGAUAUCUGUUAUUGUGGAAGACAUAAAUGACAAUCCUCCUGUGUGCCAGAAGGCUCUCACUGUCCUUGAAGUCCAAGAGAAUGAAGAUGCAGGAAAUUAUAUUGGAACCGUGUCUGCUACGGACAUGGAUCAGAAAGACACCCUGAAUUCACGUCUGCAGUUCAAAAUUGAGAGUCAGGUUCCUGCAGUUCCUGCAAAUGAUCUGUUCUUUAUUCAGCAAGACACUGGGAUAUUGCAGUUAAUUAGCCGUUCGUUAAACAAGCGUAUUGCUUCCAGCUAUUCCUUGAAGGUGUUGGUGACAGAUGCAGUAUUCCAAACAAUCUGUGAUGUGCAAAUACAUGUCAUUGACAUCAAUGAUCAGAUUCCCAUCUUUGAAAAAUCAGAUUAUCAGAAUGUGACUGUUGCAGAAGAUCUCCCGGUAGGAACAGUGAUAUUAGAAAUUCAAGCUACUGAUGCAGAUGAGCCUCUCACAGGGAGUUCUUACAUCGUUUACGAGGUUAAGGAAGGAGAUCCGAACAAAACGUUCAUCAUAGAGACAGACCCUGAAACAAACCGAGGAUUCAUCAAGAUUAACAAGGCUCUCGAUUUUGAAACAGCUCAAGUGUACAACCUGGUGAUCCAUGCCACAAACCCUGAACCUCUGGUGCCAGGAGUGCAGUAUAACUCAAGCUCCAUUACGGUCUUCAAAGUUUUUCUAACAAAUGUGGAUGAACCACCCGUUUUCAGCAGAGAAGCUUACACAGCAGAAGCAUUUGAAAAUAUUCCUGUCAAUACCCUGGUCAUGACGGUGGAAGCCUAUGAUCCUGAGGGGGAUACUGUACGAUAUUCCUUAGAAGGAGAUGUGAAGAAAUGGUUGAGGAUUGAUUCAUCCACUGGGAAGAUAUACACUGCUUCUCUGCUGGAUCGAGAACAAAAACAAGCAUAUGAAGUUCAGGUUGUUGCAUCAGAGUCAAAUAAUGUAGCUCAAAAAUCCAAAGCAACCUUCGUAAUAAACUUAAAGGAUGUGAAUGAUAACCCUCCACGCCUAGCUACGAAUGGUGCUCUGUUCUUCUGCCACCCGCUCAGUGGAGGAGAGAGAACACUGAUUCAAGCUACUGAUGAUGAUGAACAGAUGUUUUAUUCAACAUUUACCUUUUCACUUAAGGAUGACACGGAUACAAGAAAUAAUUGGGAAAUCUCAAAAAUCAACAGUACUCAUGCUUACCUUUCUCCAAAACAUACUAACUUUGACGAGAAGGUCUAUAAUGUUCCAGUAAUAAUUAAUGACAACGGAAGACCACCUUUGGAAGGAGAAAUAAAUCUUGAAGUAAACGUCUGCAAGUGUUCAAGUGAAAAGUCAUGUUUUAUAGCAGUACAACGUGAGCGCUCCUGGCCAAGUGCAGGCCAGGCAAUUGGGAUUCUUCUUGGGGUAUUGCUCCUCAUUGGUUGCAUUAUAGCAAGUGUGUUUUUCCACAUGAAAUACAAAGAGAAAGAUCAAAAGAAGAGCCAUCAGGAAGAUGCAAAGGAUCAGGCUGAACUCCAUAGUCUGGCUAAAUGACUGUUUAUUUCAUCAAGAGAAUAAAUGACCUUCGGGUUGGGAAGAAGUGACCUUUGUAGCUCCCAAAGCCCAGAAGUGUAUUAUCAUGAACUGAGGAUACAAACAUGCAAAAGCAAGCUCCCAUGGUUUUGUCCUUAGUUUUAUAGCUAAUAUUAUUCAGUCGCAAGACAAAAACUGUCUAUAAACUUCAGCAGCAGCCAUUAAUAAAAACAUCAGAUUUGGCAUGUGUUAACCAGUGAUGACACCAAACGCUAAGCUCCUGCAAGGAUCAAUACGUGGGACCAGUUUUCUUUGUUUGGCAGCUAAAGUAAAUGCGAACUUUCUAGAGGACUACAUUUUAUCUGGCUCUUUGCCUCUUCAUGCAUCUGCAUCUAUGGCUCUUUUCAUCUCAGUGAGUUACUGAAUAGCAGAAAGUGUAAUAAAGUCCACUGCUACAUAGAAGAUGUCCCACCAAGUAGGAGGCAUCCCUCUGACUCUCAGCAAAGCAUCUCCCAAACUUAGUGCAAUCUGUUAUCUCUCCUGGGUCAUGCCUGCAUAUGCUGUGCUUGUGAAUUUAUGCUAGCAAUAUGUAAGGACAUUUCAUAUGUAAUAUGACAUUUCAGUUUUUCAUUUAUGUUAUCUGGGUAUAACGAGUCUGUGAAACACCAUGGUUUUCAGUUUCUAAGUUAAAAAACCCACAUGCUGAGUCAUGUGGAAAUUGGGUGAUGUGAUGUUUUAUCAUACUGCUGCAAAUAAUUUGCUUGCCUUUUUGAUAAGAAUAAAAAAGUUCUCUGAA